CUACACCCGAAACAAUCCGAACACAAAAAUGGUGGAUGCUGAAAAUGAUAGCCAGGAUUCUAAGGAAGUAAAUAUCAGAGAAAAUAUGGAUAACAAUCAACAAAAGGGAGAAUUGGUUCCCAUGGAGGAUAACGAAGUGAAUGCAGAAAUUGAGGAACGAAGGAAAAAAUAUCAGCCUUCGCGUCUUGAAUCAUUCUUUGCAAUAACAAAGUCUUUAAUCAUACGUGCCAUUAUUAUUUAUUUCGUUAUUUAUCUAUUUAGACGUCCCCAAACCAAUAUUAAUGUUCAAUCUUCUGGUGCUGUUAAUUCACCAGAUUCGCUAUCUAUAAACAUAUUUCAAAAUGGGACAUUGUUCGAUUUACAUGUUUAUUUAUCAGAAUCUGAGACUUUUAAACAGUUUAAUGAUACAGAGAAAUUAAUAUGGUUGGAACAAGGAUUAAUUUAUGGAGAUUGGUAUAGCGGACCAGAUAAAGACGGCUCAAAGACUAUAAAAUAUAAAUUUAAUCCAUCCGAUCAAUUAAAAAACAAUGGAUCUAUAUACCUUCAUGUAUAUGUUACAAAGAGCGGAAAAUCUCCAAAUCCUAAAGCAAGCAAAAAUGUUUAUGCGGGUGAUUACAUGUCAUAUUCUCGAAUAAUGUUAAAUAAAUUUAAGAAAAUUAAAUACCAAAAGAAACAUAAUUUGUUAACUGGUGAAACUACUGCGACUAAAGAGGAAAUUGAGAAAGCUGAAGUAAUGAAUCAAGAGUAUGUGUCACAUUGGCAUCCUAAUUUAACUAUUAAUUUAGUAACUGAUCAAACUAAUUGGGUACAUGGUCAUGUGCCAUCUCCUUUAGAUACGUACAUCCAAUUUUUACCUGGAGAGAUAUUUUAUAAACCCGCGAUACACAUGAAUGACUUUUGGAACAUGCAAAGGGAUUAUCAACCCUUGAACGAAACUGUAAAGGAGCUUGAACUUAGAUUAACUUAUCAACCUCUUUCAUUGUUUAAGUGGCAAAUAUAUAUAGCUCAAACAAUCAGAAAUACAUGGACAUCUUCUCUUAUGGGAGAUUCGUUGGACGAAGAUGACAAUGAUCAAGAUACUUUGAAGGAAACAUUAUUGGAAACUAAUCCUUAUCUGUUGGGUCUGACUAUAAUUAUAUCAGUAUUACACAGUGGAUUCGAAUUUUUAGCAUUUAAGAAUGAUAUUCAAUUUUGGAACAAUCGCAAUUCAUUGGAGGGUCUAUCCGUUCGAUCUGUAUUUUUCAAUGUUUUCCAAUCACUUGUUGUUUUAUUGUAUGUUCUUGACAAUGAAACGAAUACAGUUGUUCGGAUUAGUUGCGCGAUAGGUAUAUGCAUAGAAGUAUGGAAAAUUAAUAAGGUCAUAGAUAUUAACGUUAACAGGAAUUCAAAAGUAUUUGGUAUCUUUCCAAAAAUAAGUUUUCAUGAUAAAGGAUCAUACGUAGAAUCUACCACGAAAGAAUAUGACGAACUUGCAUUCAAAUAUUUAUCUUGGGCACUUUAUCCUCUUUUAGGAGGAUAUGCAAUUUACUCGUUAAUGUAUUUAGAACAUAAAGGUUGGUAUUCUUGGAUUCUUAGUAUGCUUUAUGGAUUUUUACUAACAUUUGGAUUUAUUAUGAUGACUCCACAAUUAUUUAUUAAUUAUAAACUAAAAAGUGUGGCACAUCUUCCAUGGCGUAUGAUGUCUUAUAAAUUUUUAAACACAUUCAUUGAUGAUAUUUUUGCAUUCGUUAUAAAAAUGCCAACACUCUAUAGAAUUGGUUGCUUCCGUGAUGAUAUUGUUUUCUUUAUAUUUUUGUACCAAAGACAGAUAUAUAAAACUGAUCGUACUAGGGUAAAUGAAUUUGGUUUCUCCGGUGAAAUGGAAAAUAAAAUAACUACCGAUAAUAAACACCAUGCUAUCAAAGAUUCGCCGAAAACUGAAACAGAUAAAAAGAAUAAGUAAUAUACAGUAUAGUAUAAUGUUAGCGUUGAGUGUAUUAUUCGAACUUUAUCUGAAAUUAAUAAACAUAUUAGUACCAAAGGAUAUAUCUGCAUGCAUUAAUACGUAUCACUGUGAGUUUGAUAUAAAUAUGUGUGUAAGUAUAUAUUCUUUUGGUUUAUGAGAUUUAGCCAAAUAAAUAAGCCUCGCAAAGGUACCAAUACCCUUAAAUGGGGGGAUGUCGAUAUCCAUUGUACUAGGCAUAAUGUUAACUGACAAAAUUUUAGUACCAACAUAAGCAACUAUGUAUAUUCUUUUAGGAAGCUGUUGUCAUCGUGUUUUAUUUAGAAUUUGUUGUCUUUUCAUUUCUAUUUCAAUUCCUUAUAAUUGUUAUCGUUUUGAAUGAUAUUGAGGAAAAAAUAUAAAGUUCACUACGACAUUUAGAAAAUAUUUCAAACUGCGAUUUUGUUUUUGUUGUAUACAUAUAAAUUGAAAUCGUCCGAACUAUGCGUACAUUCAUACACAUAUAUUUACCUGAAUAAUUUGAAUGAAAAAAUAAUAUAUUUUACGUGCACACAUCAUGUUAAUACAAUGACAUUUGAGCAGUGUAUCUUUUGUACUAAAUAUUUUAGUUACACACAACACACACACACACACACACACACACACACACACAAAAUAUUGCAAAAUAUUUUUGCAGAAAAUAACAAACUUGAAACAAACUGGUUCGCGCAAUGCAAAUGUUUAAAAUUAAAUUGUGACCGCUCUUAGAUACGAUUAUAACUAUUGUUUUUAAUAAAUCAAUAUCUCUAAGUAAUGUUUAAUUUUAUAUUGUGAGUAAUAAUAGUUUACUAUUCAUUUUUCCUGAAAUUAACUUGUGUUCGCUAAAGACAAUGACGUUGAAUAAUUUAAUAAAAUGUACAUAGACAUUAUGUAUAGUUGAAAUGUGCAGGUUUAUUACGACAUCAAAAUAUUUCAGUAACAUAACAACGAGAUAAAUUUUUAGACAACAAAAAUUAUCCUUUUUAUAAUUGUUUAUAAUAUAAUUGUAACAAGGCUUCCUGAAAAGCAGUGUUGAGAAAAUUUUAAUCUGAUUAUAUUCUCCACGAUUACUUGUACAAAGUAAUUGCAUUGCAAAGUGCUAUUGCUUUGUAAAAGUAAUCAUAACAGAUACAAUCAGAUUACAUUUGGUCCAAUAUUAUUGUAAAGUAUACAAUCACGAAAUAUUAACAAGAUGCGAUAAAAGAAAACAAUGAAAAUAUAUAUGUAUAUUGUAUAAAAUACUCUAUGGAUGUAAUAGUGUGUAAUAGCAGCACACAUCAUGGAAAGACGUUAAUAAUUUGCGUGAGAGAGAGAAAAAACGUUGAUACAUUGAAUAUAUUCGAACUGCGAUGUAAAAAAUGUACAAGAAUAUUGGCAGGUAUAUAAGAUUUACAAGAGAUGACCCUAUAUUAAAGAAAGGUUAUACUUGUUACUUAUAAUACAGUAUAAAAACUGUCUGUAGGUAUACAGCAACGCAUUUAACAACAGUGUUUUCUAUUUGCAAUUUGUUCAAAUUAUUUUCAAUCCUAUGAUUAACAUGUAAAUUAUUCUUUAAAAUGUACCGUCAAUAGAAAUGCAAAGUAAUUGUAUAAACUUAAAAUUGAUCGCAAUAUUGUUAAC